CAACCCAAUAGAUAACAUAAAUUGAAGACAUAAUGGAGAAGUCUCUACUCGAUUUGAAUGACGACUGCCUCAUAGAAAUAUUCAAAUACCUCAGCCUCGUGGAAACAUUUAAUUUAAUGGACAUUUGCAAUGCUCGACUAUCAAAUAUUGCGCGACAAAGGAUCUCGACAAUCAAGAAGCUAAAUAUUAGAGUACGAGAAUUUCAUAACCUCAACUCGAAACAAUUAAAAAUAAUUGGCGAAAAUCUAAAUGACCUCACUAUAAGUGCCGGAUAUUCGAUACCCGCACAUGUUGUAUUAAAUAUAUUACAGCCUAUUUGUGAAGGAGCUGCUGUAAGUGGGAAAAUGAGUGCUUUUGCAUUGAAUUAUAUAUUUAUCGAUAAAGCAUACAGUCAAUGCAUCGCCAAAGUAGCUUCAAAUCUGCAAAAGUUGAAUUUAAAUAAUUGUCAACUAACAGAUGAACUUUUAACAGAAUUGUUAAGAAUAUGUUGUAAUUUAGUAGAACUACAAAUUUUAGGCAAUUACACAUUGAGUGGAAAUUUUUUGCAUAAUCUGAAUUUACCUUCAUUGCGCGUACUGAAGCUAGAAAUGCAUGCGGAGUGGAUCUAUCCCAUUGCAGAAUUUAAAAUUAAAAAUCCAAAUGUGACAUUGCUAACAUAAAUGCGGAAAAUCUACAAUCCAUUGUA